AUGCUCACCACGUCGCUGGUGACAUGGGGUCUGACCCUCUCCACCAUCUUCCUCUUCUGGACUCUCUCCUCAACCAGCUCGUCCCCCUUUGCGCGCAACUUCCCCCGUCUCUUCAACAAACGGAUAUGCCUGCUAAUCGCCCACCCGGAUGAUGAGGCAAUGUUCUUCUCCCCCACGGUACUGGCAUUGACCAAACCAGAGCUGGGGAACCAUGUGAAAAUCCUCUGUCUGAGCAGCGGAGACGCCGACGGCCUCGGCCACAUCCGCAAAAAGGAGCUCCAGCAAAGCGCCAAACACCUCGGCCUCCGUGCCGAGUCCGACGUCUUCAUCGUCGACGACCCCGCCCGGUUUCCAGAUAGCAUGACAGCCACCUGGUCCGAGAGCGACGUGUCCUCGUUGCUCGCAUCCGCCUUCGCCCCUGAUCUUGCCUCGCAGUCACAGUCAUCCGCAGCCAGGAAACGAGGGGCUGGAACAACGGGCGCCCCAACAGCAACCAUCGACGUCUUGAUCACCUUCGACAAAGACGGUAUCAGCAACCACCCCAACCACCGCUCGCUGUACCACGGCGCUGUGCAUUUCCUCCGGACCCUGAUGAAGGAUAAGGCAGGGUAUACGUGUCCCGUGACGCUGUACACGCUUACCACGACGAAUAUCCUACGGAAGUAUAUUGGGGUGUUGGAUGCGCCGUGGACGAUGGCGAGCGGGGCGCUGGGGUCGAUCUUUUCCGGAGCGGCCAAGGGCGGGAAGGAUGAUAUGCCGGGUAAACUGCUGUUCAUCAGUGCGGUGGAUGAGUAUAUCCGCGCGCAGGCGGCGAUGGUCAAGGCGCAUAAGAGCCAAAUGGUCUGGUUUCGGUAUGGGUGGAUUACGCUGGGGAGGUAUAUGGUGGUUAAUGAUUUGAGGAGGGUGAGGGUAUGA